AUGGAUAUGUUGGCCUUCUCUGGUUUCUCUCAUGGUUGCAACCGCUGCGAUGAUGAAGAGCUUACAAGAAUGAGAUAUGCUCAUCCAUGGUGGAAAGAGAAAGUAAUAAACUCUAAGAUGAAGAGGAAGGUGAGGAAAGGAACUCUGCUAGAUUCCUCUGAUUUGAGUUUUUGUCAGAACCAUUCUUCUCAAAUGACUGCUCUUGAUUACUUCAUCUCUCUUGAAAGUGAUAUAUUUGUUCCUACUUAUUAUGGGAACAUGGCUAAAGUCAUUGAAGGUCAUCGCAGGUUCUUGGGGUUCAAGAAGACGAUUGAGCUAAACAGGAAGUUCUUGGUUAAUCUAAUAGAUGAAUACUACCAAGGAUUUUUGAGCUGGGAAGUAUUUUCAACCACGGUGAAGGCCUUUCACGCUACAAGAAUGGGAGGUCCCAAGAAGCGGCUUGUGAUUCCUAAUAAACCUAACGAAGAAGACUAUUUCUAUGUUAAUACCUAUAAAUGUGUUGAGCUGUUACAUGAGAAUAAUGGCGAUUCACUAGAAGAAACCAUAUGA